GCCUCAGUGCGCUGAGAGAGAGGCGGAGAGACGCAGCCGGUCAGGGAUAUUACUGGAAACGGGUGUCUUACACAGAGCCGCUACCCGUGAGAGUUAUUAUUAUCAUUAUCCACUGUAUGCGGGAUAGGGACGCGCUGCGCCGAAGAGAAGGUGCCGGAAUUGUGCACUGGAGUUAUUGAAAAGCAUUUUUGACUUGUAGAAUAGCUGGAUCUGUUCGUGUUUUUGCUGAAAAGGGUCGGCGGGGGUGCGGCUGAAUUUUUUUUUUGGACGUAAGGGGAUUUCUGCAGUCAUGCAGGAAAGCUGCCGACUUCUGCUGCUGGGUAUUUGCAUCGGCGCAGCCUGGGAUCAGGUGGAGUGUUCAUGUAAUUCUUCAUCUUCUAUUAAAGAGUCAUGUGGUGAUAGAAAUAAGUGUGCUGAUCCCGUUCCCUUGUGUCCUAAUAAUUCACACUGCUUCAAUACCCCGGAGAGUUUCUACUGUCUGUGCUGGGCAGGGUUCAGAUCAACAGGGAAACACAACUUUACAGAAAUAGGGACAUUCUGUAACGAAAUUAAUGAGUGUAAAGAGAAUCGCACCCUCUGUGGUCAGAAUGCUUGGUGUCAAAACACAAUUGGAAACUACAGCUGCUCCUGCAAGACAGGCUUCAGGUCCAGUUCUGGGCAGGAGAUCUUCAUGGACGGACAAAGCAGCUGUGCAGAAAUUAAUGAGUGUAAAGAGAAUCGCACCCUCUGUGGUCAGAAUGCUUGGUGUCAAAACACAAUUGGAAGCUACAGCUGCUCCUGCAAGACAGGCUUCAGGUCCAGUUCUGGGCAGGAGAUCUUCAUGGACAGACAAAGCAGCUGUGCAGAUAUAGACGAGUGUAAAGAGAAUCGCACCCUCUGUGGUCAGCAUGCUUCAUGUCGAAACACAAUUGGAAGCUACAGCUGCUCCUGCAAGACAGGCUUCAGGUCCAGUUCUGGGCAGGAGAUCUUCAUGGAUGGACAAAGCAGCUGUGCAGACAUUGAUGAGUGCAAAGAAACCCCCUCUAUCUGUUCUCCUGUUAAUUGUACCGACAAGAUUGGGGGCUACCAGUGCCUGUGCAAAACUGGAACCUUCCCCAGCACUGGAAUCAAAUGGGUCUCCAAUUACUCAACGUGCAUCGAGCUGAGGUGUCCUGAAGGCCCUGCUAAAAAUGAGGCGUCAACUCCCUUGGGAGAAAUCCAGAGAAUGCUGAGAGAAACGUGUCUCCAGCAAAGUGACCAGGGAUCCCCUGACGGCAAACAGGUUUUAAAGGAUGUUCUUGGGAUGGUUGAUCACCUGCUGCACGCUGGUCCUCUGCCCAAGGCCAUUACCUCCAGGUUCCUUCAGAUUGUGGAGGAUGCUGUCAUGAGGGUCGCCCUGCUGCUGGAUCAAGACCAAACCCAAAUAAACGGAACAACAUUAGGAGUAGAGAUCCGGCUGUCCCGCUUCAGCGCGCCACCCCAAGGUCCUGUCACGCUGGGAUCAGGGAACGUGACCCUGAACACUGACUGGAGCACAGUGGCAGGGGAGAACAGCUCAGGCUUCGCCGUGGCCGCUCUCGUCUCCUAUUACAAUCUGGAGGAAUCCCUGAACCACUCCUUCAAUAAAGACAGCCUGGCGCGAGAGAACCACACCAUCACCUCCGUGCAGCUCAACUCCAAGAUCGUCAGCGCGGCAAUCAGCAACGGCGCGCCCGAGCGGCUCUCCAGCCCUGUGGACUUCACCUUCUCACACCUGCAGCUGAACGACAGCGGCCACGCAGCUGUGUGUGUUUACUGGAAGGACGACAGCACUGGAGGCUCCUGGUCCAGAGACGGCUGUGAAACUGUCUGGGCCAAUCAGACCUACACCACCUGCCGCUGCCACCACCUGAGCAGCUUCGCCGUGCUCAUGGCUCUCUACGAGAUCCAGGACACGUUUGAGCUGCAGCUGAUCACCUGGGUGGGGCUGGGUCUGUCUCUGCUCUGCCUGCUCCUCAGCAUCCUUACCUUCAGCUGCUGCCGCUCGGUCAAGGGAACUCGCAGCACCAUCCAUCUGCACCUGUGCAUCAGCCUCUUCAUAGCAGACCUGGUCUUCCUGGCAGGGAUCAGCAGCACCAGCAACAAGGGGGGCUGUGCUCUGGUGGCUGGUCUGCUUCACUUCUUCUUCCUGGCUGUGUUCACUUGGAUGUGUCUGGAGGGGAUCCAGCUGUACCGCAUGGUGGUGACGGUGUUCAACGCCACGCUGUCCCGACGCUUCAUGCUCUUGUUCGGCUACGGCAUCCCUGCCCUCAUCGUGGGCAUCUCUGCGGCAGCAAACAGCCAGGGAUACGGCACAAAGCGCUACUGUUGGCUGUCUCUUGAUAAAGGUUUCAUAUGGAGUUUCUUUGGCCCAGUCUGUGUGAUUAUACUGUUAAACGUCUUGUUUUUCGUGAUCACGAUUUGGAAACUAGCUGAGAAGUUCGCCAGUAUCAACCCUGACCUGUCGAACCUGAAGAAAAUUCAGUAAGUAGAUCGCUGUCUCCUCCCUGUGUUCUGUGUGCGGAUUAUGAA